AUGCCUCCCUCUUCUGCUCCUCUCUUUCGAUACUGCAAAAAAGACCAUGCUUUGCGAAUUGAAAGCAAAAGUGCGCAGGGCCCGUUGAGUGGGUUGCACGUUUGUCCUUUGCCCUUUGUAGAUCGAAGUGUGGCUCGAGGACGUCUCUUGCUACCCCUCUGGGGCUCAAAACCUACAUCUUGUGUUCUCCAGCAAGACAAUGGCCAAAAAAACCUCAGGGCAUGUUGA